AUGUCGUACAAGCCCAACUUGGCCACGCACAUGCCCGCUGCUGCCCUCAACGCCGCUGGGAACGUGCACUCACCGUCCACCAGCAUGGCAGCAUCCUCCCAGUACCACCAACUGCUGAGUGACUACGGGCCGCCCUCACUGGGCUCCACCCAGGGAACUGGGAGCGGUCAGGUGCCCCAGAGCAAGUAUGCAGAGCUGCUGGCCAUCAUUGAAGAACUGGGGAAAGAGAUCAGACCCACCUACGCAGGGAGCAAGAGCGCCAUGGAGAGACUAAAGCGAGGCAUCAUUCAUGCUCCAGGCCUGGUUCAGGAAUGCCUGGCCAAGACCGAACGGAAUGCCAGAUCCUAGCCUCCUGCAAGAGGAGCAGGCACAGCGGCUCUCCUGAUCUUAUGAAACUCUUGUUUUCAAAAUGGUUAACAGUUUAGUAUUUUCUCCUUUGGUUCACUGAGCUCUGAACCUGUUCUUGAAGAAUGGGAAAAGAUUUCUCAGUUAAUUAGAAUUUGCAUUUUAAGAGAUUACAAAUGAUUCAGGGUUUUUUUUUUUUUAAAGCAUUGACUUGAAAAAUGCAUGUGAAGUUAUUUUACAACAAACUUGUUUGCCCCCAAGAUACCAGUGACUCCCUUUAAUCUUGUUUGACUACAUUUACAUCACUGAAACUGCUUUUGCUCCUUUCCAUAAACUCCUACCCUCUGAGGACUUGGUCCUAAUGCAUACCCACUGCGGUUUUAGGAGCAGCUGGUUCCAUUUGCCAUACUGUGUAGAUUCUGCUUCCUGGAAAUUCUUUUCUGCUUAAGCAUUUGCAUGACCCUUAGUGCUUUGAAGUCAGUCUUAAAAAUGCACAAGUUAUAAAUACAGAAGGAGCAACCUACCAAACCUGAAAAGCGCCCUGAACAUUUUCAAACUGCCUGUGUGCACAUUUCACUUCCACAUGUACUGUAUGUUGAUCAAAACAUCUGGAAGACUAAAACUGUUUGCAUCUUUGUAUUUAUUACUUGAUGUAAUAAAGCUUAUUUUCAUUAACAAUUAAAAAAAU